UAAGCAAACUGGGCAGGGCUAACCGCAGCAGCUUAAUUCUGUUGCUACCUGUCAGACCUGUCUUUUUUCCUCUUCAUAUAGAAACAUGUUUGUAUCAAUAUUUCUGCUAUGGCUUUUUGUUUGGUUCGUCAUCAUCCUGUUCAAAUCUCAGAGGCCAAAGAACUUCCCACCAGGACCCCCCAUCUUGCCUGUCCUGGGGAACCUUUUGAACCUGAGCCUGGACAACCCACUGAAGGACUUUGACAGGCUGAGCAAAUCUUAUGGAAAGAUCUACAGUAUUUACAUCGGUCCGAGACCAGCUGUGAUUCUGAACGGGCUGAAGGCCAUGAAAGAAGCCAUGGUGAUCAAGGGUGCGGAUUUUUCUGGACGACCCCAAGACUUGUUUGUCAACGAUGUUUCCUGUAGGAAUGGUGGUGUUGGAGUGAUUCUGGCAGAUUAUGGCCCAAGCUGGCGAGAGCAUCGCCGCUUCGCUCUGAUGACUUUGAGGAAUUUCGGUCUGGGAAAGAAAUCAAUGGAGGACAGAAUUCAUGAUGAGAUUCAACACACUAUUAAAACACUGGAGGGCAGCAUCGGUAAAACUCUGAGUCCUAGGGUCAUGUUCCAUAAUGCCGCUUCCAACAUCAUCUGCCAGGUUCUGUUCGGAAAGCGCUACGAGUACGACGAUGACAUGAUCAAAACGAUUGUUCAGUGCUUCACUGAAAAUGCCAAGAUAGCCAAUGGACCCUGGGCCAUGAUAUAUGAUUCUAUCCCCAUUUGCCGUAACCUCCCGCUGCCAUUCAGAAAGGCCUUUAAGAAUGCAGAGAUUUGCCAGAACUAUAUUAACUGCUUGGUCACUGAAUACAAGAAGACCAGAGUUCCUGGGGAUCCUCGGCACUUUGUUGACUGUUACCUGGAUGAACUGGAAAAGAGAAGCGAUGACGGUUCCUCCUUUUCAGAAGCUCAGCUCAUGAUUUACAGCCUGGAUCUUCACUUCGCUGGGACUGACACGACGUCCAACACCCUGCUGACAGGAUUUCUCUACCUGAUGAACUACCCACAUGUCCAAGAACGAUGUCAGCAAGAGAUAGACCAGGUUCUGGAGGGAAAGGACCGGGUCUGUUUUGAGGACAGAAACAGCAUGCCUUACGUCCAGGCUGUGAUCCAUGAGAUCCAGAGGAUUGCAAACACGGUUCCUCUCAGUGUCUUCCACUGCACCACUAAGGACACAGAGCUCAUGGGAUUCUCCAUUCCCAAGGGUACAAUGAUCAUCCAGAACCUGACCUCAGUCCUGAGAGAAGAGGGACAGUGGAAAUUCCCUCAUGAGUUCAAACCUGAAAACUUCCUGAAUGAACAGGGAGAGUUUGUCAAACCUGAGGCCUUCAUGCCUUUCUCUGCAGGUCCUCGGAUGUGUAUGGGAGAGGGUCUGGCCCGCAUGGAGCUCUUCCUCAUCACUGUGACUCUGCUAAGGAAGUUUAAGUUCAUCUGGCCAGAGGAUGCAGGAGAACCAGAUUUCACUCCAGUCUAUGGAGUCACUCUAACGCCAAAACCUUACUACAUGAAGGUCCAACUGAGGUCCAAACAGUGAGGAGCAGAAACUAACCGUGUUUCCCUUACAAAUGUACAUAAAACUUUCAGUUUUCCGCUAAUGUUGGGGGGGGAAAAAAAUCCCAACUGUGAUGUUGCCAUUAAAAUCAUGGAUGAAAAAGUUUGUUCCAGAGCAUGCCACACCAUCAUCCUUCCACUACCUCCUGUCUUCUUCAUCUUUUCCGCCGUUACUACUGGCAUCAAGACAUCACAAAAAAAAGUGUUUCCAUUUCAGUUUUACAAAAUACACAAAUUUCUAUACAGCUGUAAAACCACCUCUUGCUAGUGCUAAAACCUUUUAACAAAAAAUUAGUUUUUUCAAAAUUGUUGAGUUUCCAUUAAGCAAAUUUAUCUUUGAUUCCAAUUUGCACAAUUUUAAGGUAAAUGGAAACGCAGUUACAGAUGAGGAAUAAAAGACUGGAUAAAAAAAUUCAAAAUAAUCAAUGUAUUUUAGUACUGCUGCUAAUGAAUAAAUGCUUAC